UUGGGGAGGAGACUGUGCCAGAGAGUCAGUUAGCAGGGUCUACUAUUAAUGACAAAUUAGGGGAUUUACAUGAUCUGUAUCAGUAAUUAAGUAUUAAUUAAACAAAAAACAAGUUUAGACAGUCCAUGAGAAAACAACAGUUUUAUGUCUCAGUGACACAAUCUAUGUCCAAGUAGAAAAAUACAGCCUAUGAGGCCUCGUUUCUUAUUGUUACCGAGCCUGUUAUCAAGGUGGCUUAUGAGUGAUGUAGGAGUUUGUUUGUUUUUGAGGAAGCAGGCUAUGAUGACAUUUAUCGGGAGUUCCCGUGGGUCACGUGAUUCCUGCGGGAAUUCCACAGGAUGGGAGAAAAAGCUACGGGAGUGAGCAGGAGCGGGAACAACAUUAAUAGAUGAUCAUAUUCAGCCGUGUUAAACAACCAGAUGAACAGAUGCGUCCAUUUUUGUAGUCAUCUCUCAGUGAGAGCCAACACUCUUGACCGCGCUAGCAACACAAAAGAACUACAACAGUGGUUUGACUUUCUGUCACCACUGGAAGUGAAAAGCGACUCGGAGCGGCUGUCGGCGAUUAUGUGUGUCACCGGCAGCCACUCCGAGUCGGAGCAGCAGUUUUGUUCAAAUGGGAGCAGGAGUGAUUUUGAGUGGGAGCGGAAUAGGAGUGGGAGUGGGAGUCAAUCUAUGGGAGUGGGACAGGACAGGAUUAAUUUUUUUACUCCAGUCCGGGAUCGUGACAGGACGGGAUUUUUUCUCUGGGAGUGGGACGGGACAGGAGUGAAAAUCUGCUCCCGUGUCAUGCUCUACUCCAAACUACCAUGUUUGCUAAUUAGAGCUCUAGCUUAAAACAGAACAAUGAGUUAGUUAAUUUUUUUACUUUGGGUGCGAAAUGGUUAAUUGAAGUGCUCUUCUCUUCUCAGACAGGACACGACCCCUGACUUUGUAAAGGAAUAAAACUAGUAUUCUACUUUUCAGUUGCGCCCUCUGGUGGCAAAGAUAAUUGCAAUGUGACAACAAGCCCCGGUCUCCCCUACAUGUGAUUCUAUCUACCUUCAGCACAGCUGCAGCAUGUCUGAACCCUCAUGUUCCUCAGAGGACCUGAACUUCGGCUGCACUACCCUGGGUGUGACCAUCCGACUGGAGUAGUAGGAGGAGAAUGAGCAUGAGGAGAUUCAGACACAAGUGAGUAACGGUGCAGCAGACUUUUGACGCCUUAUUUGGUCUGCUGGGCGGGGAUCUGCUCCUCUGAGCUGUUGCUUCUGCUGACGGAGUUUGGGGGUUACAAUCCACCGCUGCUCGUCCUAGAGAUCAGAGAACCAGGAGACUCCACGAGGCUGAGAAACAGGAAGGUAACCAACUUUUACGUAACACUUAUUUCAUACGGGCUUCUCCAGACUAAAGAAACAGAUGUUGGAGGGAGAUAAAGCAGUCGGUCUGUGGAAAAGAGAAGUCUCGGGCUGCAACUUGUUGCAUCUUGCUUACCUGCAUGCUCCGUGAGAGGAAUGUGAUAUCAACCAGAAGUUAUGAGUGUGGCUGUUUUUGCAUGUUAGUGGUCACUUUGAGAAGUAGUUUGCUUUUUUGCUUUUAAAUCUGAGUCAGCACUUAAUUUGUUAGUGGAAUUUAUGAAGAAAAAGUUGAUAGGAUGUGUAACAUGGACAAAAAAACUGUAUCAGUCUGAUGUUGGUGACUUCAAAUGACUGUUAACACUAAUUCUACUGUAGAACUUUCAUUAUAAAUGACUUACAAGUAAUAAAUAAUUGCAGAAUUUUGUUCAAAAAUGAUUUGAAAAGUAUUCCUGUAAGAGAAAUGCACUCUCAGGGGCAUAUUUGUGUUUGUGUUUUGCCUCAGUUUGUGUUUAGUAUGGGUUUCAGUGUGGUGUGUGGUGUGGUAGGAGCUGGGUGCGGCAGGCGGCACACCCACCCUCACUGUCAAUGAAUGAACCUCAGCGGGAGCCUCAACGCACAGCUGUCACAGCCUCAUACUGUCUUCUGCCAGACUCUUUUUCCAAUUGUGGUAAAAAAUGUUUGGCUUUUGUUGAAGAGAUUGAGUAAGAUUCUCACAAUGAACAAGUCUCUUAUUGUUCAUUUUAAAUGCUGAGCUUUGUUGUGUAGUUUUGGUGGGACAUUUCAUGGAAAAAAGGGGGCUAAUCCUUAAAAAAUAGCUUGUUUUAUUUUUAUAAGAGAGAUUUAGUAUCAUUUAAAGUUAUUUUCCAGUCUUCCGGUGUUGGAAAAAGCUGAGUGCUUGUUUUGAUUCGUUAAAGUUCACUGUAAGGGUACGUUCUUUCUAAAAUGGUCGUAAACUAAUAAUCUACGAACAUAAAUACCUUCCUUUCCAACACACACUGAGAUGCCCCUCCUGCGCUUCGACCCACGGAUCCCCUGUAAGUGGAUUAGGGUGAAAUCAAGUUAGAGAUAUUGUGUCAUGACAACCAAACAAGCAGCGCACAUGACCUCUCUGCCAGAGACAAACACUUGUUUCCUCUGAAACUCAAGUGUGUGUGGGUGUGUGUUUGCAAACUCUCCUGCUGCCUGCAUAAAAAGUGAGCACGCAGAGGACAGCGAUAGUGUCCCAUCCUGUUUGCCAUCCUGAGGUGUGAAGUCUAUUUUCAGCCUCUCUUCCCCUGUUUGUAUGAUUCUGUCAUGUUUUCCAUGCUGAGCUGUAGAAAAAGGACCCAUUUUCCAAACUCCACUCCUGUCUUUCUCAUUUUUCUUCAUUCCAUGGCCAUUUUCCUCUCCUCCCAUUUCUUUCCUGACUUGAUUCCAUAAGCAGCAAGAGUGGCGCGAUUGAUUUUUCCAUUACGACCCCCAGUAUACGUUUAUUUUGAGUGGUUUACAUGAGGCGUAAUUGGUACCCUGACUUUAAAGCUGGAGUGGGAGCAUUGAGCUGGGGAGGGAGAGCGAGGACGACUGAUGGAAAAGAGAGGGAGUUGCCGCCAAAUGAGGCUGUAAGGAUGGAAGGGAAAGGAGGAGAGAAGGAAAGAAGUUGGCAGAUGUGACAAAGUUAGCAGUUGUUCAGCAGCAGCCAGACUGCCGCACAUCUGGAACGCAUCAGUAAGUUGGAAAAUCUUACAAGAAGUGAAGACGAUGGGAGGAGGCAUAGGGGAGAGAGAGAGGGGGAGUGGUGAAAGAAAGGGGGCCUGGUGGUGACUCACUCCUCUGCAAUUCCACUUCAUCACUGUGUUUAAACUUUGUGUCCUUUUGCGGCCGAGGCACAGGGCUUCCCCCGUGUUCCUCCCUCUUUCCUCACUCCCCCACCCCCUCUCCACUCCCAGAUGACCUCAAAUGAGUCGUCCUGUAGGGGAGUCAGGGUUCAUUUUUUCCAUUCCUCUCCUUUUUUUUUUUUUUUGAUCGUCUCUUUUCCACUCAUACCUCACCACCAGUCCAGCCGCCCCCCUCCCCAGCCUCGCUUGUUUAAUAGGUGUCUAAUGGGACUAAUGUAAACAGGUCUUUUCUGCUUGUUUAUAACCCUCUCUCUCUGUAAACUGGGAACAGGGAGCACAGCGCUGGAGGAGCCAAGUGGGCAAAAGGUGUCAGGAGGGGUGGGAGGUUGGACAGCUGUGCGGUCAGUAGGGGUGGGAGAAAAAAAUCGAUACAGCAUAGUGUUGCGAUAUUUUGUCUGGUGAUAUAUCAUAUUGUCUCAUUCGCCAAGUAUCGAUUUUUUAAAAAUUAAUUGUUAAUAUGAAGUCAAAUCUAUGAUAAUGGAAAAAUAAAAUCAACUGUUUGUCCAGUGAGGUUGGCAGAGGAGACGUCAGAGGGCAGGAGAAAGUGAGUGCAACAAAUACAGCAAAUAUAACAGCUACAUGAAAAUAAAAUACUGUGUAAAUAAGACAAACAUAAAGGAAAGACAAAUGUUCGAUUAGCUCAACAGUUGAAAAAAUUGUAUGAAUCGCAAUAUAUUGUAUAGCAAUAUGCACUGUAUUGCAAAAGGUUAAAAAUCGCAAGUAUCGUGGUAAUAUCGUAUCGUGCGGCCACUGGUGAUUCCCACCCCUGGCAGUCAGAGAAUAUCUUCUGAUAAGAAGUCAUUUUAUUGGCUCAAAAUCUUGUUUUCUGAGCGCCUAAAAUGGACAAGUACAAAUCUCUCCAAAGAUAUAGAAACAGCCUCACCAAGAAAGUUACUAGUUCAAAUUGAUGGUAUCAUUCAGAAAGCUCUUUUUUAAGGGAGGUAUCUACUGUAUAUUAACAACAAAACCAAAUCGGAUCACAGUUCAAAUGCAGUUGCACCACCAGUUGUGGUUUGCAAAACUUACAUGAAGUGGAAAACCCCUGAACUUCCUGUCAGUGGAUACAUCGGUUAGAAACCAUUAACUGCUCUGCUGCCUCUGUAGGCCGUGUUUGAAAACAGGACAUCUUCAUGUUGUUGUUUAUAGUAAAAGGCAUUUAUAAAGCCUGGAGUUGAGUUUGGCGCCAUAUUACCAAGCCACAAAUUUAAUAUCAGAGGGCAUGUGUUCCAGUCGACCGGCCUGAAGGCUGCAUCCUGGGUCACAGUGAGCCAGAACAUGUGUCGAAACUAACUGUAUGAAAACUGCUGCAUAGAUGAUGGGCUGAUCAGAAACAAGAGUGAAAGAGUGAUUGAAAAAGCAGAAUGCAAACAUAAAGACAUGCUGAUUAUCUUUUUGAGGUCAUUUGAGGGGAUUUUAUUUGACCUCUGCUGACAUAUUCUGAAUUUUGAGGCGUCACUUUUGGUAUUUUUCAGAUACACAAAGGAAUUAUAUCAUAAAAUGACCAAAUGUAGUUCUUAAACUUUGACCUAACAUCUGUCAGAUAAUGAAAAUAUCUGGUCUUCAUAAUGCCAAAGUCUUGGAGAUUUGUUGCAACAGCUAAUGCAAAAAAAACCCUGCAAUACCUCAUGCGUCCACUUGAUGCAAACUCCAUUAACACUCAUGUAAAAAAGCUUAUUUGUGCAUCAGAAAUAAACGUGUUUACAGCCUGGUAUAAAAACAGUUUCCAAGAUUUUAAGGCUCUUAUGAGGAGUUUGUUAAUGUUGAUGGAAAACACUGAAAUUUGUAUCUCUGCCUUUCUGUGACACCUAAAAGCAGACCAGACCAUCAGAAACAAGACUUAGAAUUUUUAUUUCCUAAUUAUCAAUAGCGGUAGCAGCCAUCUGACAAUAUUCAUGAUGGAUGAUAGAGGAUAACAACUCAAGCAUGUUGAGGUCAAGAUAAGACUACUUUCUCCAUGUUCCUAACAGGAGUGUCGAGGUGACGAACUUUUGCGUAAUAAGGUUCGUAGAUGACUCGCCAGCUGUUUGCCAAGAAGCUAAAGGCCUGACUCAUUCUCUUCACCACUUUGCUUCUUGGUUGGUCAAUAUGAAAGUUAUGUUGUGUCAGUGUUUCCUGUAUGGCACCUCCCUUAUGAUUAGGCUUAAAACUCCCAUUUCAGAAACCAAGGGCAACCUCACUAAGAUUGCAUACAUGUUUUAUACAAUCUAUGACCAGUAGUUAUGGUGGAAAAUAGAACUUUAGAACAGACAUUUCAAUUCCAGCGAACCAACUAGUGUGAUGAUAAGAAAACACUCAAAUUCAGUCAACAUUGAGCACAAUUUAUCAAAGAAAGACACGCCGAGAUCGCUGAGUUUGCAAACAAAUAAUGUCAAACCACAGCUCGGUAAUGGUGGGCGGCAUUACGCAUAAUAUGUGUCUGCAGAGCCACAAGCUGCAGUUUCAGGUGCAUCUUAAGGACUCUUGUAUUGUUUUGACUGUUGAGUUUAAGAUGAGGUGUACACUUAACCACAAAAAUGUGCUCCCUGGCAACCCGAUGAACAAGGUGGUGCUGUCACAAACGACAAAAGUCUCAGAACUGUGGUUUUAGAAAUGCAGUCCUGAAUCUGCAACCUCCUGAUCUGUGGACACAGACCAUUUAGGAGACCGCACUACAUCUUUUCAAGAACAUAGGACCAUAAUUUCCGGUCAAUAGUAAUGGCCAAAUUAACUUUGUCCCAUGUAAGCUGAGAUCACCGGUAAAGUAGUAUAAAUACCAUAAGGAUGAAAAGAUGUUAUAUCUGUAGAUACUAUGUUUAACACCGAAGCAGCUGAGGAUUCAAACCCCUGUCGAGAUCUGGCAUUAGUGCACAGUGCGGAUGAGAAUCCAGGGAAUCCCCAAGCGUGGAAGUGGAACAAGGGAAGAGGGUCGUGUUUCCAGAAGAUGACAGACACACUGAGUGGUCGGCGAAGAUUGCGGCACCACACCCAUCACUAAAGUAAUGACCAUACCGGAAUGUCAGAGCAGACCGUCUGCACUUAGCGCAGGAAUUCUGACAGGAGAGCAGUCUGGAGUUUGGUAUGAGGCAGAAAAUACCAAAAAAAAAAGGAGACUGGGUUCCAGUCGAUAAUUAGUCAAGAUCUAAAUGGGCUGUGACGAAGGUUUCCACAGUGCAGUCUUUAUUUCUGUUAUAAUUGUGUUUUCAUGGUUUCACUUGCUGUUUCUGCCAUUCACAGAAAUACAAUAAGAGCAUUGUGUGUUUCAGCAAUCUCUAGUGGGAGUAAACAGCCUGUUUCAGCAGAGUUGCAAGCUGUUGCUCUCGUGUGUUGGUACCCUCCACCUUAUCUACAGAGGUCAUGACUGUUCCAUAAGAACCAUUCUCAGUAAUCCUCCUUCAUAUUUUUCUUUCUAACAGAUUCUGCAAGAAGUUGAUGCUGAAAAUCUGAGGAGGUGCCCACCAAAGGAAGACUCAUAUUUCACAAGAACCUACAUCGACGUCUCAGAUCAUGGCUGUAGUUCUAAAUCUCAACAGCCUCCUCUGGACUAGGUUGGCAGCCCUCAUCUUUUCCUGCGUGGCCUUCUCUGUGGCGGUUCAUUGCGGCAGACUCAGUCACGGCACAGGAGACUGGUGCAUCUUCUGCUGGGCCUUCAGCUUCGCUGGUACUCUCCUCGUCCUCCUGGUAGAGCUGUUUGGCCUUCAGACCAAAGCCCCUGUUUCCUGGAAGAACUUUCCCAUCACAUUCGCCUGCUACGCCGCUCUGCUCUGUCUGUCUGCCUCUAUCAUCUUUCCCGUCUACUUCCUCAGAGCUUCUGCGGGCGCCAAUGAAACCCGCGACUGCCGCAUCGUGUCAACUGUUUUCUCCUGCCUGGCCACCAUUGCCUACAUGACUGAGGUGAGCAUCAGCAAAGCACGUCCAGGAGAGGUGGCGGGCUAUAUGGCCACAGCCCCUGGCUUGCUGAAAGUAUGCGAGACCUUUGUGGCCUGCAUCAUCUUCGUUUUCGUCAGUGACCCUGUUGUGUAUGACCGCCAUGAAGCACUCCAGUAUUGCAUGGCCGUCUACUGCAUUUGCUUCAUCUUGUCAUCGAUCAUCAUCUUGCUCUGCAUUGGCGAGUGCACCGGCUGUCUCCCCUUUCCGUUUGCCCGUUUCCUGUCCGCCUACGCCCUGCUUGCCGUUGUCCUCUAUCUGACUGCAACCAUCAUCUGGCCCAUCUACAACUUCGACUCCAAGCACGGCGGACAGAAAAACAGGCCCUACCACUGCGGCGGCGGGAUGGGCCAGCUGUGUACUUGGGAUAAGCUCAUGACGGUGGCUGUGCUCACGGGUGUCAACUUCAUCCUCUACGUGGUGGAUCUUGUCUACUCCACCCGCCUGGUGUUUGUCAGCGCUUGAGGGAGGAGACAGACGUCAGGCCCGCAGUGUGCUCAAAUGAAAUUGAAUUUGGCAUGUUUUGAAAGGCUGUUGAGCUGCUUUCAAAUAGAGUGCUGCAAAGAAAUGGGACUCUGGUGAUGGUUAAAUGAGAUUCAUACGAGCUGGAGGAGCUUUAAGGUGAAGUCGGAACACCUGAUUGCAAAGCAUAUUACAGGAUUGUUUGACUACAUUCGUUGGCUUAAGUUUCCUUCGUUUAUUAAAGGAUUUCUCUGUAAUUCUGGUCAAAAAGAUUGACUGAUGGGGGCUUUUUUAAACAUCUGGUAAGUUCAUGCUACAUGUCCAUUCUGGGUAAUCGUACAAAGAAAUCCUGAAUAAUCUCCGGCCCCAUAUAUGAUGUUUUGUCCUCGCAGAACCUGCCAAAUUUAAUUUUGUAAAACGCAUACUGCCAGUCGUGGACCACAGAGAUAGAGAAAAUAGAGAGGCUGACAUUAAUGGCUAUGUUUACACGUACAACAAUCUUCCCCUAAAUUACCAAGGUUCUCUAUUCAUGUGUUGCAGCAUGUAAAUAUCAACUACAGAGACCUGAAUGUGAUUGGUGGAUAAUGCUAAGACUAAAAAAACAGAACCUUUGCUGGUUGUAUUAUUCAGAAAAUUAGCUCUUAAUUUGCAAACAGAGGUGUUUUUCAUCUGGCGUUUAAAAAUCUCAAGCUAAGAACCAAAAUACGGUGUCCGUGUAAACAUAGUCUGUAAUGACAAAGAAAACCCAAAGAAAAUGGCCGCUCAUUGUGUGUUUUUUGUUGAAAUAUUUUACAUAUUGUAAAUGUCAUUGCUCUGCCUUGAGUUUGUUUUUUAUUUGAUGUCUUUAUAAAAAGACUGCCAAGCAGUAUUUCAGUGUUUAUGCGAGCAGCGCUUUGUUUGAAUACACAAAAUUUGCGAUUCAAGUUACCCAAUUUUAAGCCAAAAAUCCAUCUUUUCUCUUGACUGAUCAGAUUGUAUCAUUGUAAUUUUCCUUUUUUUACACAAAUCCAGAACUUGAAGUAACAAAAAACUGUUGACAUUGUGUUGCUAGGCUACAUGGUAAAUGCUAGGCUAGCCUUUUUCCUGUUAUUAUACUGUAUACAUGUAUCUUCAUCUGAAAGCUUCAAUAAAUGGCGAGUAUAUAUAUGUUCAUAUGCAAGAUUGUGGAAUUAUAAACAUGUUCAAAGUGCACUUCGUAUUAAAACAGUUGUUUAUAAUUUUUUUUUAAAUUUUUGCUGUAUCCAAGUAUAAAGAGUAAAACAACACAAAUAAAUUGACAUAUAUUGCUGAUUAGGUCCAUUGGCUGUGCUCUGCUGUAUACUCAGAGAAGGAAACAAAUAAUAGAUAAUUUUCUCCCCGUCCGUUUUUUUUUGUGUUAUAUUCUGCAACUUUUUAUACUCCACUGUUCCUGUUUAAGUGUGCUAACCACAUCAGUGUUGUAAAAUUACAUAAUCCAGUGUUUUAAUAAAACCACACGGUAGAUAGA